CAAAUAGUAUUGUUUGACCCCGCGUGGUGUUAGUGUGUGUGUGCGUGCGCAAAAUUACGUUUUAUGUUUACUACCAUAGACGACUACUACUACCUCUGCUGCUACUGCUGUUUGGUAAUCACGCAGUCAGCUACCACGACGAUAUUGUGUUAUCAGCUUGCACAUACUACUGUAAUGUACAAUGUUCAUAUAAGUCAUAGCUAGUUUAUAGUUUUAGUGUGGUGUAUGUAGUAGAUGUCAAUAUUAUUUUUUAUUAAUUUAUCCAAACUAUCAAUUUUAUUUCCUCUCGAAUAAGUGUCCGAUUUUUAUAGUGUUAUUAUUUGCGUGCGGGUUAUGUUAUUAAAAUUUCAGUGUAAUAUUAAGUGUUUAAUUGUAGUUAUUAAUGUUAUCGUUACUAUGAUUGUGGUUCGUAAUUUUUUGUUGCCAGCUAAAAUUGUCGAUAUCGUCAUCUGACAAACUCAAGAAUAACAGAUUUGUCGCAAAUGACACCACGAAAAACGACGUGGAUAAAACCGCCGAACCUUGAACUGGUGCGAAUAAGACUUUGAGGGGCCUCGAGCCCCUGUGGGAUGGACUGCCGUGGCGACGAGCUCAUCCAGCACAAUAACCGAACUCCCGCCGCUCAAGCCGUACCCUUUCAAUAUCUCAUCAACGAACAAGCCAAGUCUAUCCUCGCUCUACAGGAAUUGCAGAAUGAGGUCGGUGCGUUGUUGGAAUUUAGGGACCUUGUCAUGGACACGUUUCCCCACUUACGCCAAAAACAGCUAUCCAGUCCUGAACCAAGCUCUGGAUCGCAAGGCGUUGGUUCCGGGGAGAGUCGGUGGGAGCCUGGAGUGCGUGUACGGCGUAAAUUGGGAUCUACAUCAUCACAAUCAUCUGGGUGGAUUGCAGGUGGUGGGCUUACUACAGUACCUCGAAGUCGUAGUAAUAGCCAUGGUAAAGGGCCAAAAAGUGGAGAGCCAACCACGACUACGUCAGUGGGCACCGUGCAGGAUAGCGGUUUUUGUACGGAGAGUAAAGACAGUAGUUCGACUAGCUCGCGUAAAAACAAAGAUGAAGAUGAGCUAUGGAGCUUACUUGAGUUGAUCCAAGAUAAAGGCAUUAAGUUGAAGUUAGAUGUCGAAUUUCUGCAAGAUAGACUCUUAAAGUCUACUAGUAGAAACGAUCUCCAACUUCGAAAAUGCAAAAGCUUAGUAGACCUUACUCGUGUACAACAAUCCCCGACUUUUGUUGAUGACUAUAAUGUGUUUCAUAGUCAUGUCACCCAACUUAAAGAGGAGCGAGAUUCGCUGUUGGAUAGAGUUACCGAAAUGGAGGCGGAGAGCUUGUCGAAUGCUGCGCAAAUUCAUCGGCUACUCGCUGAACUCAAGGCUGUGGUAUGUGAGAAUAAAGAACUCGAAGAAAGACUUAGUGGUAGCGGAAAACAGUCAAAACUUGUUAGAAAUUCUAGUCAUAACGGUGGUUUCACCCCUGUACAGCCCGAAUCUACUGACCAAAGCUCAUCGGGUACUAGGGAUGCGUAUUACACCCUCAGUCAACAUUCAACUAAUCUAUCUUCCAUUGAGUUGUGCAAACAGUGUUCGUAUGAAACGGACGACCGUUCUAGACAGUUAGUAGAGAUGGUACGACCAUCGGAUCCAAUAUCUAGAAAUCUUGAUGGAUGUAGAUCGCCAGUAUAUCCUACCGUUAGCUCACCAACUUAUGCCAAACGACUAGGUACCUUAGACGGUAUUGUUAGUAGCCCAGCUGACAAACUUAAUAGGUCUACUGGAGGUACACCUCUGCCAAAACAAACUCUGGCAGCUAUAUUAAAAACGUUCAAUCCUAUAGAACUGCAGCGACAUCUCAUCACAAUAUCCUAUGAAAAUAAAAAUUUAGUUCGCCAAAUAGAAUCUUUGAGUAAAUCUAAAGAUGAUGUUUCAAACGAACUACAUAGAAGUAAAGAGGAUAACGAAGAACUAAAAUUUCAAUUGGAAGAAAAACAAAUUGAACUCGAAGGUACCAUGGCUCGAGUGAGGUUGUUGCAACUACAUCAAGAACAGCAGCAACAUUUGAGUCCUCAGAAAACUAGUUCUCACACGUCUCCAUCUCUUAAUACCCCAGGGAAUACCUCUACAACUGCAGCCACGAUAACUUCCAGUCGAAAUUCAGUAACUAAAAGCCAAUGGUUAGAUCUUUUGCCGUCAAAUCCCAUACUACCUCAAUUAGCGCUACCAGCCACACCGUCGAUGCAUCAAAAUCAUAUUCAACAAAAUGAAGAAAACAAUAGUAGUACUGAAUCGGCACACCAAGCCCGUAGCAAGCAACAUCACAGUCAGCCUAGCAAAAUACCAAUUAAAGCAUUUUCUUCGCCUCGUCCUCCGUCUUCAUAUCGUGAACCUCGUGAUCCUUACCCUUCGUGGAACAAGAGUAAAUCAGAUCAGUCGUUACCUCGUAACUUAGAUUCAAUUAAAAUAACCAACGGACGAUCAUCAGGUGAAGUUCAUCAAAAUUCUAUUGGUAGCGGCAAAUAUCAACGACGACAAGAUUCUCUGCAGGACAGUAGACGGGGAAGACGGGAUUCUAGCGUGGGUGGAGGUGGCGGGAUGGCCCGCACGAAAUCUCAACAGCGGUCCAACUCUAUAAAAGAGAAGGUUACCACUGUCGGAUCUCAGACGGCCGACGAUACCAAGAAAAGACAUCAGCCGUUAUUCAGACGACGCAAUCUGGUACGGCAAAACAGGAUACUGGAGAAAACGGCUGUUCUGUUACCAGCCCUGGACGAGGUGCAAGAGCCCCCAGAAUCAUUGGUUGACAAUAAUGUGAGCAUUGAGUUCUUUGACAGUAUCGAGAGCAGUGUGGCUACCAGUGCAAGCUCUAGAAGACAGCAGCUGGUCGACUGUGACUCCAUCGACUUAUCCCAACCUGAUUUAUCGGUCACAUAAAUGGACAAACGGCCAUGUUUCCAAUUUAAUUCUACGUCAUUACUCUGUUUGCCGUAUGACCUUUUGCCAUGGUGAUAAAUCUGCAGUUUAUUUUUUGUAAAAUUAAUAGUAUGUUUGCCAUAUUGUUGUUUAUACCACUCGUACUUUCUACCCAAUCAUAUCUGUCCAAAAUUCACCCCCCAUGGUGCUCUACGGUCUUAGUAAAAUAUAUAUUUUGUUAAUUUUUUUAAUAUUUAAUUUGUUUUAUGAACUAUUGAUGCAUUUGUAUGUUUAUAAUUGGAUACGGCACAUUCCACGUGUAUUUAAUUAAUAUCAUAUUUUAAUUCUAUUUAAAUUUAGACUGAUUAUUGUUUAGUAAUUU